AUGACAGCUCCACCACAGCGAGAAGAGCAGGAAACGCAGCUCCGCGACAAGUGCUACAACCUACUGCGCACAGAAACGAAGCUGGCAAAAUGGUUGAUUGAGGAGGAUGCGCGAUACGAGAAUCGUAAAGCCGAGCUGCAAGCACAGAAAGACAACAUCAUCAACGAAGUGAAUCGAUGCGCACAAGUAACCUGUCGACAACUGUGCGCAAAACUCUUCAAAGCCUGUCCACGCAAGAUCCGCGAUUACAUCUACGCGUACCUCCUUCCCGACUGCCCAGUCGUCAUACAGCAUUGCGAGCACCGCCAUCGCGUUUGCGAGUUCUUUGCCCCGGGAAGCGACAUUCUGUAUAACUUCGUUCAACCCCAUAGUCAUCUCUUCAAGGCCGCAUACGUCACCCCCGACUUCUCCAUAGAGCUACUCGAAAGGUUCUACAGCAGCACUACCUUCGACGUACAAGAUCAGUUCACCAAGCUAGGCGCCUUCCGAAGCAUGGACAGAGGAGACUUUAGUAUCAUACCCGCCAACUAUAUCGUCAAUCUCUCCAUGCACAUACGGUGCGAGAAGUAUGACUUUGAAGGUGUAAUGCCAACGCUGGACAGAUUUGACAAAGACUAUCCGCUCAAACCCCGUCGAACGCUGCUCGCAGACCUCGAAGCACUAUUUGGAUUCAAAUCGGGCCCCAAGAUCGAUUUACACCUUCGGUUCAAUCGCAACUGGCUGCGCAUAAUGAGAGGCGCCGAAUUCUGGGAGUGCGAUUUCGUGGUUCCUGUCAUCUUGCCCACGAUGCAGAGACUGGCUGCUGCGGGCACGAAGGUGAAGUUAUGUUUUGACUAUUUCGGGUGUGAGGUGGUCGUCGAUCAUAGAGACGUCACGAUGGAGGAGAUCAAGGAGCGGUUCGUCGAGAUGAAUUGGCAGCUGGCGAAGGCUGCUGGCCAUUAA